AUGACUGAAGCUGAUGGUAGUACCCAUCCAAUGUUUCCUCAAGAAGCAAGACUACGAAAUUUAACCUAUUCAUCACCUUUGUAUGUGGAUAUGAGAAAGCGUGUUCUCUUCUCGAAGGAUGUUGGUGGUGCACCAGGUACUCGUGGUGCAGAUGGUGGCACUGGAAACAAUGAGAUUGAAUGGUAUCCAGAUCCUAAUGAACCCGAGGAACCCAUUUCCAAAGUUUAUAUCGGUAAAGUGCCUAUCAUGCUUCGAUCCAAGUUCUGUAUGCUUCGUGGUUUGCGAGAACAUGAAUUCUAUGAGCUCAAUGAAUGUCCUUAUGAUCAAGGUGGUUACUUUGUUAUUAAUGGUUCAGAAAAGGUGUUGAUUGCCCAAGAAAGAAGUGCUGCCAAUGUUGUUCAAGUGUUUAAGAAGGCAGCUAAUUCUCCAGUCACACACGUGGCUGAAAUCCGUAGUGCUCUGGAGAAGGGCUCUCGUCUUAUCAGUUCCAUGCAAAUCAAGCUGUUCGGCAAGGAAAAGACAAUUAAGGCUGCUUUGCCUUAUGUCAAGAGUGAUAUCCCUAUUGUCCUGGUAUUCAGAGCAUUAGGAGUCGUUCCUGAUGGUGAUAUUCUUGAACAUAUCUGUUACGAUCAAAACGAUUGGCAGAUGCUCGAGAUGCUUAAGCCAUGUAUCGAAGAAGGAUUCUUCGUUCAAGAUAGAGAAGUGGCUCUCGAUUAUAUCGGUAGACGUGGUAGUGCCAUGGGUAUUAACAGAGAGAAGCGUAUUAGAUAUGCUCGUGAUAUUCUUCAGAAGGAGUUGUUGCCUCAUAUUACUCAACAAGAAGGUUAUGAGUCUAGAAAGGCAUUUUUCCUGGGUUAUAUGGUUCAUCGAAUGCUUUUAGUGGUGCUGGAGCGUCGUGAACCAGAUGACCGUGAUCAUUUUGGUAAAAAGCGUCUUGAUUUGGCAGGUCCACUUCUUGCUAAUCUGUUCCGUAUGCUAUUCAAAAAGUUAACUCGUGAUAUUUAUCGAUACAUGCAAAAGUGCGUCGAAACAAACAAGGAUUUCAAUCUUACACUGGCUGUCAAGUCAAAUACAAUCACAAAUGGUCUCAAAUACUCUCUGGCUACGGGUAACUGGGGUGACCAGAAGAAGGCUAUGUCAAGUAGAGCAGGUGUUUCUCAGGUACUCAACAGAUAUACAUUCUCAUCGACUCUAUCACAUUUGAGAAGAACAAAUACCCCUAUCGGAAGAGAUGGUAAAAUCGCCCGUCCUCGUCAAUUACACAAUACUCACUGGGGUCUUGUGUGUCCCGCCGAAACACCUGAAGGUCAGGCGUGUGGUUUGGUCAAGAAUUUGUCACUCAUGUCGUGCAUUUCGGUUGGUAGUCCAUCUCAACCUAUUAUUUAUUUCUUGGAAGAAUGGGGUAUGGAGCCUCUGGAAGACUAUGUGCCACACGCAUCGCCAGAUGCUAUCAGAAUUUUUGUGAACGGUGUUUGGAUUGGCGUUCAUAGAGACCCUUCGCAUCUGGUCGAAACCAUGAAGGCGUUACGACGAAAAGGUGACAUUUCUCCUGAAGUCAGCAUUAUUAGAGACAUUCGUGAGAAAGAGUUCCGUAUUUUCACGGACGCUGGUCGUGUUUACAGACCACUCUUUUUGGUCGACAACGAUGAGGAGUCGCCCCGUAAGGGUGAGUUGAUGCUUCGCAAGGAACACAUUUAUGAGUUGCUCAACGCUGAGGAGGCUCCUGUUGAUGAGACUGAUGAGAAUGCUCCAGAAAAGUUUGGCUGGAAUUCGCUGGUGUCAAAUGGAAUUGUAGAAUAUAUUGAUGGUGAGGAGGAGGAGACAGUCAUGAUUGCCAUGACGCCAGAGGAUUUGGAGGUCUCGCGACAAAUGCAGGCCGGUAUUGAAGUGGCUGCUGAUGAUGAAGACCCAGAUCCAGCUCGUAGAGUGAAACAGUCAUACAACCCCAAUGCACACACGUGGACCCACUGUGAGAUUCAUCCAUCCAUGAUUCUAGGUAUUUGUGCCAGUAUUAUUCCUUUCCCCGAUCAUAAUCAAUCACCUCGUAACACAUACCAGUCUGCUAUGGGAAAACAGGCCAUGGGUGUGUUUUUGACUAAUUACUCGGUCCGUAUGGAUACUAUGGCCAACAUCUUGUAUUAUCCACAGAAGCCAUUGGCAACUACCCGGUCAAUGGAAUACUUGAAGUUUAGAGAGUUGCCAGCCGGACAAAACGCUAUUGUAGCUAUUCUUUGUUACAGUGGAUACAACCAGGAAGAUUCCAUGAUUAUGAACCAAAGUAGUAUCGACCGUGGAUUAUUCCGAAGUUUGUUUUUCAGAUCUUACAUGGAUCAGGAGCGUAGAAUUGGUAUGUCUGUUGUUGAAGAGUUUGAAAAGCCUACUAGGGCUGAUACUCUUCGACUCAAGCAUGGUACAUAUGAUAAGCUUGAUGAGGAUGGACUUAUCGCUCCUGGUAUUCGUGUGUCUGGUGAAGAUAUUAUCAUUGGUAAAACUGCUCCUAUUCCUCCAGAUACCGAAGAACUUGGCCAACGGACCAAGUACCAUACUAAGCGAGAUGCCUCUACACCGCUGAGAAGUACUGAGAAUGGUAUCGUGGAUCAAGUUCUACUGACCACGAACCAAGAGGGUCUGAGGUUUGUCAAGGUUAGAAUGAGAACCACCAAGGUUCCUCAAAUCGGUGAUAAGUUUGCAUCGCGUCACGGUCAAAAAGGUACUAUUGGUGUUACAUACCGUCGUGAAGAUAUGCCAUUUACUGCUGAAGGUAUUGUGCCAGAUCUCAUUAUCAACCCACACGCCAUUCCAUCUCGUAUGACAGUCGCCCAUUUGAUUGAAUGUUUAUUGAGUAAAGUGUCAUCACUGUCGGGUUUGGAAGGUGAUGCUACACCAUUUACCGACGUUACAGUAGAGGCAAUUUCCCGGUUAUUGCGUGAACAUGGCUACCAUUCAAGAGGUUUUGAGGUCAUGUACAAUGGUCAUACUGGACGUAAGCUUGUUGCCCAAGUGUUUUUCGGUCCUACUUAUUAUCAAAGAUUGAGACACAUGGUCGACGACAAGAUCCAUGCCAGAGCCCGUGGUCCCGUACAGAUUCUUACUAGACAACCAGUCGAAGGUAGAUCGCGUGAUGGUGGUUUGCGUUUCGGAGAGAUGGAACGUGAUUGUAUGAUUGCUCACGGAGCUGCUGCGUUCUUGAAGGAGCGUCUUAUGGAGGCUUCAGAUGCGUUCCGAGUCCAUGUGUGUGGUGUGUGUGGUCUUAUGACUGUCAUUGCUAAUUUGAAAAAGGUGCAAUUUGAAUGUCGUUCAUGUAAGAACAAGACCAAAAUCUACCAAGUUCACAUCCCAUAUGCCGCCAAGCUCUUAUUCCAAGAACUUAUGGCUAUGAACAUUGCACCAAGAUUAUACACUGACAGUUCUGGUGUAUCUGUCAGAGUCUAA